AUGUUUAACCCUUUUUUGCGCAUGGAUCGGCGGCAAUUAGCAGCCAAGCUAUACAAUGAUCCAUCCUUAGUCUUUUCUGGUGACUCCAAACGAGCAGCAAAACGCAGGCAGGAGAUGUCUGUGGCAAUCGCACGUAAUGGUGCUAAGAAAUUUUCCAGUUCACCCACAAAUCUCAAUCGUGAGGCCCUUUAUGUUUUAGACAACUACCCCAUUUUGCGUAACCAAUUCAAAGGCACUAACCCUUGUCCCCUCUCGGCAGACACAAACUACUUUGCACCAUCUUAUCUCCCAAAGAACUUCAAGGCCCCUCAAUCUCCACAAUUUCACCUUACCCUUCCAAGAUCUGACAGACCGCAUUCAGCAGCAAUCUGUAGCACUGAUGAUUAUUCUUUAGUUGAGGGGCCGCAGAAUCGGUUUGUGUCAUGGAAGAGGUUAUCUGCAAAGCCCCGGACAUCAGUGCAGAGUGCCGCGAUACCGCAGACAACAUCAUCAGCAUUAACAAACCACGAGUUUCAAGCAGUGUGCUCCAAUACUUCGAAUACGGCUCUGGAUACUACGUCUAUUGUGGCAUCACAGGGUGGCCAUGAGGUAGAUCCACGUUGGCCAGGUAAAAGCUCUAAAUCUUUUACAGACUCUCAAACAGUCCAAAGCCUCCAUCCAGAACCGAGCAAAGCCGCGGAAAUAGAAAUUCAGAUUGCAGAAAGGUUUAACACACUGCGGCACGAGAUUACCUCUUACAUAAAGGGUACGGAAAGUGUGUAUCCCCGCUCACCACUAGAAGUCAAUACUCUAAAUGAAAUGCUUGCAGAGUUAGAGUCUAAGCAGCAAAUUUAUAAUGAGUUUGUCAAGAGCAAGUACAGGGAUAACCCCGUUGUUCUCUGUCAGUGUCUUUCUAGUGGUAUUGACAGCCUUCCUCAGAGCUCCAAGCCGUCAACCCCUUCCGUACGGAUUACAUCUGGUAGUGGAGAUUAUUCUGUAGAGAGAAACAUUAUGCUAACACACCUGAACCAUAAUGACACGAAUGCUAGCCCUGGCUCCGCCCUUUCUCUCAUCGUGAGGACACAAAGAGCAAUCCAGUCUAAGCUUAGUGCCAUGAAAACAUCGCAUACCCAGCCAGAUAUGUCGUCUUCUCUGCACGAUUCCCUAGGUAUUAAGACUAUUCAUCCUUGGGUUCGGGGGCACUCUUCCUCUCGUAUUUCAACAACCCUGCACUUGGGAGAUUGUCACAUAGAAGAAUCUGAGAUAGGCAUCGCUCCCCUCAAUACAGACAGGCAAAUGUCAAACUCUCAAGUUGAUGACUGUGCCGAUACCCAGGCCUUCCGUGAAUUCACUCUCAGCACGUCCACUAGCAUGGCCUUGCAUUCAGCUAAUGAACACGAGCAUAUGUCUAAGGAGAGCUGCGACUAUGACAGCCCGGCAGUCGCCCUUAUCGUUAUGAAGGAGCUAGAGAAUCUAUCGAAUAAAAGCCUGGUUGACCAUCAAUUAGAUGAUACUGUAAUAGCACACAACACAACUUGUAGACCUGUCAACCACAACUUACUACAUCAGCCGGGUCAUGAAGAGGAAGCUAUGUUUCUGAAUUAUUACUCGCACCUAGACAGGCUUCGAGGAGCUGGUUCUCCCAAAGGGACUGCUGUACCAACAAAUUCACACAUGCAACAAGAUACCAGAGACCUAUCUUCUCCAGAUAUAGCUGGAAUUCAUACAAGUAGAUCUGUUCAGUAUGUCCCCAUUAGCACUUUGAAGACACCUGGCCAUGGAGUCAAGCCGCAGAUUGUUAACUUGGAAAGUACAGUUGGUUACUUGGAGAGAAAUAAAGCCAAGCAUAGCACAGCCAUUGGCAUCAUGCAGCCAAGACGAUAUCGGACCUAUCGUCCUGUUCAAGACUAUACUGAAAAGCAAACAGGUCCUCCAACGGAUCUUCUUCGAGCCCCUAUCUCAUCUCCGCGUAGAGUUACCCUAGAGCUAAAUCUGAAUUCACCGGAGUCCCCAUUGAAGUUCGGCUUUCUCUCUACACUAAAGGCGAAGACAGCAGAGGCAACUCGACGAACAAGCGAAGCCGUUGUGAACACGAUUCGGCACAUAAAUACAGGUACAGGAGAGCUUACAGAAAUUAGCAACACAGAACAACACACUGAAGACAGUAACAGUCCCUUAAGGCUCGCUCAGGUGCUCCAUGACACUGGUCCAACAAGCUCCAUCAACAAGGCUCUUCUAAAUGAAAUACAACGCUACAUCACAAGCGAUAUCUCAGCUAUGUAUGCGAAGUUUAUAGGAACACUCCAGGAAGAGCUGGCCAAGAAGUUGGGGUCGGUUGAAAGAGACCUCCAAAAUCGGGUUAAGACAGCUACCAAUCAACGUAGAGCAGAAUACGAGAAUGUGCGGCUCACUAUAACCGAAAAUAAGAACGAAAUAAUGGAACGGAUAUCGUACUUACAAGCGUCUAUAAAGGCAACUCUCGCUGCUCACAAAUCCGGGGCAAAGAAUGUAGAGAAGAAGGUCCAACUAUCCUUAGCACGAGCAGGAAUCCAUGAGCGUAUUCCACAGAUUGGCCAGACAAUUAUCGAGAAGCUCAAGGACAUCUAUUGCGUGUUAUCAAGAUGCCUCGGAAAUUGGGUGGCCAUGGGAUACGAGCAGUGUACCGCAGUUACGUGUCAGGGAGCCGCAGGAAAUGGUAUCAGAUACAUACUUUUUCCUUGUGGUGACAGCGUAUGCGAUAGUUGUCACUCAGUCAAUCCAACUACUUGCCCUAUCUGCUUGAAAAGGUAUGAGCUUUCUGUAAAAGCAGAUGAUUCACACUGCUUCAACGGACCGUCAUCCAUGCUUCCGACUCAUAUGAUUGCUAAUAGUUGCUCACACCUCAGAGACCUCCUGUUGUGUAUAAUGAAAUUAGAAGACGUGGAAGUUCUCGGGUACGAUGAUGCUGAGAAGAAGUUUCUAGCAAAGGAUAGUACGGCAUCCUGGCAGGCAUACUCUCGUAGGCUUGACGUGAAGGGAUUGAACAAGCGUCGUGCUUGA